UUGUUACUAUUUCUGUACCUCAUUAAAGUUCCAAACGAGCUGGCGACAGGUUGUAUACUUCAAAGUUGGAAGAUAAAAUUUAGAUAGUUUCAAUUUGUUGGGUGUCAGUUUUUAAUUGUUACGCGACAGAAUUGAAACAUUUCAAAGCAUUGUGAAUAGUAGAAUGAUUUACAUUACUCUGAUUACUUUUACGUCAUGGCUGCUGACUCUGACUCUUGGGCAGAAUUUAGUCCUCAUUGGUGGUAAUCUGAGAGUAGACAACGCCAUUGUUUGGGAAAAGAUGGUUAAACUGGCUGGCGGACAGGAUGUGGCUCGGAUUGGAGUCGUUUCGGCUUCGGAUGACGUAACAACUGAAGGGGACAGAGUAAUUGGCACUUUUCUGCGACUAGGAGUCAAAGUGACUGGCAUUCCUGUGAAUGAAUCUCGAGUUAACGAUACUGCUGUGGUCAACAUAAUCAUGCAACAGACUGGCAUUUUCAUCGUGGAAGAUUCAGAAGAUAAACCUGACAGCUUUUGGAACAGGUUUACUUCAUUAAUUCGCCCUACUGGUUCGCCUGGGGAACCACCUAUGGGUGUUGUCUGUUACGAAACUACCAGUUACAAACGACAGAAUCUUCUUGAAACACUACGGCCGUCAGGUGUCGAUUCUCCGGUGUUGAGGGCUAUCCAGUCAGUCCUUAAAAAAGGCGGAAUGGUGGCCGGCAAUGCUGCCAUUAUGGGCAAGGCGCCUGUGAUUAUCAGUGGCGAUUCAAUCAGCUCUUUAUUGGCUGGUACUCGUUUCUUUUCUUCGCCUCGAGAUCAAUUUUUGUUCCGGAAGGAAGGAGGCCUUGCUCUUCUCAACAUGGACUACGUGAUUGAUAGCCAUUUGAGUGAAAAAGGUCGAGAAAUGCGAACUAUCAGGACAUUGUUGGAAAGCAAUAUCACCAGAGGCAUCGGCGUCGAUGAAAAUACAGCACUAGUUGUCAAUAACCCAUUGGCCAUGCCUGUUGGCAAAGUUGUCACUGCAUUGGGUGUCAUCAGUGGCGUCUUCUACGUUGAUGUUUCCAUGGUUCCCGCUGUGUCGAUGACGAACGCUCUUUAUGAGAAUGUCAUUUUCUCGUUUUUCACCGUCGACGACUCAUUGGAUUUUACCUCAGGGAAAGUCAUUUAUCCUUCGUGGAAGAAAAGGAUGUUUGGCCUAGAGCAGUUCAAGAGUGCCGUUCCGUCUGACGAUAUUUUUUCGCUUGUGUGGCCGUCCCAGUGGCGACAGACUGCCCUUCGGCUGAUGAAUUGUAACGAGAUGAACGUGACUAGUCAUUCACCAGCAUCGAUCGUGCCACUAGUUCCCGGCGUCACGGUCGUCUUCGAUCGCUCAGGGGCCGUUGGGUUCGCAGCUCAUUUGCCCGAUAACUUCAGCAACACAUACGUCAUAUCUUUCCAAGGGAUGUCCGCUUCUGUCAAGGUGCUCAGGAUACUGUAAGCAAAAACCCCAAUUCUUUUUGCAUGUCGCAAUCGUCACUUGUACAUAAGUGUUUUAUUUCAUUUCCCAUUCGACAAACUUUCUUAAAUUUUAUUGUGUCUUUUAAAACGAACUAAUACAGUCAAUCUUCGUCA